GUGGCGGAGCUGCAGAGCCAGGCCAAGCGCACCGAGGUGGCCCGGGGGCGGCUGGAGAAGAGGAACUCGGACCUGAUGGGCAAGGUCGACUCCCACAAGAAGCAGCUGGAGCAGAAGGAAGCCGACUACAGCCAGCUGAGCAGCCAGCUGCAGGCCCGGGACGGCCAGGUGAAGAAGUGCGAGGACAGCAAGAUGAAGCUGCAGAACAACGUCUCGUACCAAAUGGCAGACAUACAUCGCUUAAAGGAACAAUUAGCAGAGUUACGUCAGGAAUUCAUUCGCCAGGAAGAUCAGCUUCACGAGUACAAGAAGAACAAUACUUACCUCACAAGGAGACUGGAGUACGAUAGUCUGCAGUGUGGGCAGCAGAUCAAGGAAAUGAGAUUGCAACAUGAAGAAAACAUAAAGAAAAUAAUGGAGCAAGUUGUGCGGGAACAAAAGCAGGCCACACAAAAAAUUCAGUCCAGUAAGGACACUGAAGUAAGUCCCAAUAAUGACGACCAGGCAAUGUCUAAGACUGAUCCAGAGGCAGAAGAUAAAAACACAGUAAAGAAUGAGCAGCCUUCAGAUCAUGCUGUAAAUGGCAAAGAGAAAAUCAAACCAGGAGGAGAUGCAGGCAUGCCUGAAAUAGAAGACAAUGACCCUGCGAAAGCUGAAGAUACUCCCACAGCCUUAAAGAAGCCACUUAUUUCAGCUCCUAAAAGUGAAGGUCAUCAACCUGUCAUAAAUCUUCCAACUGAACAGCCCCAUGCUCCAAAUCUGGCACCAGGUUUGCACAGUGACAAUGAUGGAAACGUGGAUAUUGCGAAGCAGAUCCCUCCAAAUUCUCUCCAGCACUUAAAUUUUGAAGAAAAUGUGGAAAAUCAGAACGAACACAAAAUUGAGACAGACCAUAUAAAAAUUCCAAAGAGCAGAGUUAGUGACUUGCAGAAGAUAAAGCAAAGCCGGUUCUUUGAUGAGAAUGAAUCCCCUGUUGAUCCGCAGCAGGGUUCUAAACUGGCAGAUUAUAAUGGGGAUGAUGGUAACGUGGGUGAGUAUGAGGCAGACAAACAGGCUGAGCUGGCUUACAAUGAGGAAGAGGAUGGUGAUGGUGGAGAAGAAGACGUCCAAGAUGAUGAAGAAAGAGAUCUGCAGAAUGACCUGGUUGAUUACGGCAAGCCGCGCUUCAGCGACGGUGUCCUUUAG